AUGGUCAUGGGAAAUGCAGGGCAUCGUGUUGAGGAGGUGAAGGUCUUCUUGAUGGACAUCCUUCAAGAGAAGAAUUUCCUUGACGAGAGAAGGAAACUGUUGCGACAACGUGCUGGGUUGACUGACAAAGACAAACGCAAGGCAAUCUCCUCAACAGGGGGCUGGGUGGAAGUUCCGAAGUUUCAGUUCAUCAUCGUGGACAGGCCCCAAGUGGCCUGCCAAGAGGUGGAAUCUGACCACAACUUCAACAUCGUCAUGGAAUUUUUGGCGGGGUUCGCUCAUGACAUACCGCCUGCAAGUGAUAUCAAGGAGGCCAUGGCAUGGUGUAGUAUGCACUACAAGCUGAACCCAUGGAGCGAAUCUGCUCUCCAUCAGGAAUGGGCAGACACAGAGGGUGGCAUCCUCCGCAGUUGCGCAGCAUACUGCUUGGAUCGGUUCCAGCGGUACCAGAAGUCAAGGAAAGGGCAUGGCCGAAUGGAUGAACUUCGAGCUGUCAUCCAUGCGAAGCUGGAGGCUGAAGGAAUGCUCUCACCUGAUGGCAAGAAGAUUCCCACCAGGGGUCUGGGUGCCAUGCAACUGAAGCAGGUGGAGGCUGCUCAACGAGCUGUCAAUAUGGACACCAUGGAGACCCAGUUGCAGGAUUCGCAAAGCAUGUCCCCGAUCAGCAAAAUGCCAGAGUUAGAAAGCCCCAAGGCACCCAGUGGUCCAGUUGGGUGCUCGAUGGAUCAUGGGAAUGAAACGCAUGAGGAAGAAGAAGAAGAAGAUGAAUGUCCCACUACGGAUGAAGAAGUAGAAGUUAUAGCUGUUCAUGACAAUGUCUGCAUCACAAUAGAUGAUGAUUCUGAAUCAAUCCUUUCCCCGCAAAAGGCCAAACAGACUCAGGGACCUGAGGAUGGCACUCCUGCUGCUGCUUGCCCAAACAGUUGCCCAGAGGCUCCUGUGGCAGAUGCAGGAAAUGUUCCAAAUCCUACAAAUGCUAAGAUCCUGGAGCCUGAGGAGAUGUUCCACGCAGUUCUGGGGAAUGAGGCUGAGGACAUAGUUGAUUCUGAAGACGAAGGUGGAAAGCCAGAAAGCUCAACCACAAAAGGAGUUUUCAAGGACCGCAAGCCCCUCAAAGCUGAUGUGGAGAUCCCCCAGAGUUUGGCAGAUCAAGCAUCGGCCAAAUUGAACUCGCUAUGUGAUGCCCUCCAAACGUCUGAUGAACAGAUGGCUGAAAUGAUGAAGGCGCAAGCAGCUUUGCGCACCAUGCAGAAGGAGUCUGCAGAAUGUCCUGACAGGGCAAUGCAAGAUGAGCUGGAGGCUGAGGAAAAUGAAAAGAAUGGUAAAAGAGAUAAAAGGGCGAAGGGCAGGGGAAGGGGACGAGGGGGACGAGGGGGACGAGGAAGAUCAGGAAAGGGUAGAGGCAAAGGAUGUGCACCUGAAGUGAAAGAUGAUGAGAAAAAGGAUAAUGAGAAAAAGGAUGAUGAGACAAAGGAUGAUGAAAUGCCUGCCUCACACAGUGGUGAUGCUGAAAUUGCCACACCCCCGUCUUGCGCUGUGGAGGAGAAAAAGAAACCGUUGAUUGAACCCAGCCACAAGUUUCCCCCUGAUGAUGCAGAGGUGACAGAAUCCCCGGUGAAAAAACCUAGGCUGGGCAGGCGCAAUAGUAGAAAGAAACUGCAGCGGUUGAGAGUCCUGUCGCCUAGCAGCUCGGGAAAGAAGAUGUACAAGAAACGAAAACCAGAUGAUGGGGAGGUUGGGGGUCCUGCUGAUGCCACUGAGACACCGGGUCAAGAGGAUCAAGAAGGUUGGGACUUUAGGGGUGAGAAUGGGCCAGAGGAGACUGAUGCCCAAAAUCAUGAAGGUGAGAUUCCAGAACCCGCUCCCAGCAAACCCAAACGUGAGAGAAAAAAAGCAAGAAGCCCAAAGUCAGGCAAGAGGCUGCAGGCUCAGCAAACCCGGAAGGCCCAAAGCAGCAUGUUUCAGACACACCAGAUGAAACUCAGAAAGAAAAAACCAAAGAAGAAAUCGCGAUGGAAAAAGCAAAGGAAGACAAGGACCUAA